AUGGUGCUUGAUGCUACGUGGGAAAACUCUCUGCAGCUGGACCGGCUCCGUGGUCUAGUGUUAGAGGGGGACUACCAGGGGGGUCAACUUGACCUGCACCAAGUGUCAGGUGUGACCAGGUUAGAGGGGGACUACAAGGGGGGCCAACAUGACCUACACCAAGUGUCAGGUGUGACCAGGUUAGAGGGGGACUACCAGGGGGGCCACCUUGACCUACACCAAGUGUCAGGUGUGACCAGGUUAGAGGGGGACUACCAGGGGGGUCAACUUGACCUGCACCAAGUGUCAGGUGUGACCAGGUUAGAGGGGGACUACCAGGGGGGGGGGGGGGGGGGGGGGCAACUUGACCUACACCAAGUGUCAGGUGUGACCAGGUUAGAGGGGGACUACCAGGGGGGUCAACUUGACCUGCACCAAGUGUCAGGUGUGACAAGGUUAGAGGGGGACUACAAGGGGGGCCAACAUGACCUACACCAAGUGUCAGGUGUGACCAGGUUAGAGGGGGACUACCAGGGGGGCCAACUUGACCUACACCAAGUGUCAGGUGUGACCAGGUUAGAGGGGGACUACCAGGGGGGUCAACUUGACCUACACCAAGUGUCAGGUGUGACCAGGUUAGAGGGGGACUACCAGGGGGGUCAACUUGACCUACACCAAGUGUCAGGUGUGACCAGGUUAGAGGGGGACUACCAGGGGGGUCAACUUGACCUGCACCAAGUGUCAGGUGUGACCAGGUUAGAGGGGGACUACCAGGGGGGUCAACUUGACCUGCACCAAGUGUCAGGUGUGACCAGGUUAGAGGGGGACUACCAGGGGGGUCAACUUCACCUACACCAAGUGUCAGGUGUGACCAGGUUAGAGGGGGACUACCAGGGGGGUCAACUUGACCUGCACCAAGUGUCAGGUGUGACCAGGUUAGAGGGGGACUACCAGGGGGGUCAACUUGACCUACACCAAGUGUCAGGUGUGACCAGGUUAGAGGGGGACUACCAGGGGGGUCAACUUGACCUGCACCAAGUGUCAGGUGUGACCAGGUUAGAGGGGGACUACCAGGGGGGUCAACUUGACCUGCACCAAGUGUCAGGUGUGACCAGGUUAGAGGGGGACUACCAGGGGGGUCAACUUCACCUACACCAAGUGUCAGGUGUGACCAGGUUAGAGGGGGACUACCAGGGGGGUCAACUUGACCUGCACCAAGUGUCAGGUGUGACCAGGUUAGAGGGGGACUACCAGGGGGGUCAAUUGGACCUACACCAAGUGUCAGGUGUGACCAGGUUAGAGGGGGACUACCAGGGGGGCCAACUUGACCUACACCAAGUGUCAGGUGUGACCAGGUUAGAGGGGGACUACCAGGGGGGUCAACUUGACCUACACCAAGUGUCAGGUGUGACCAGGUUAGAGGGGGACUACCAGGGGGGUCAACUUGACCUGCACCAAGUGUCAGGUGUGACCAGGUUAGAGGGGGACUACCAGGGGGGUCAACUUGACCUGCACCAAGUGUCAGGUGUGACCAGGUUAGAGGGGGACUACCAGGGGGGUCAACUUCACCUACACCAAGUGUCAGGUGUGACCAGGUUAGAGGGGGACUACCAGGGGGGUCAACUUGACCUGCACCAAGUGUCAGGUGUGACCAGGUUAGAGGGGGACUACCAGGGGGGUCAACUUGACCUGCACCAAGUGUCAGGUGUGACCAGGUUAGAGGGGGACUACCAGGGGGGUCAACUUGACCUGCACCAAGUGUCAGGUGUGACCAGGUUAGAGGGGGACUACCAGGGGGGUCAACUUGACCUACACCAAGUGUCAGGUGUGACCAGAACCAAGAUAUACGUCUCUCGCAUGGCCGGCGACACCCCGGCCUCACGAAGGCAACGGUGCCGAUCGUUCAACUCUUAG